AUGGAUCAGAUAAAAUCGAAUCAGAAGGCAGAGGAAGCUGAAACAGCAAACAUCGAUCCGUCAGACCUCGUCAAGCUUGUUGUUCCGGAGAAAUCGUACGAUGAAGAAACUGAAAAGAAGGUGGCGAUGUUGUCUUUGUCCGAAGCUGCCAAAGAGAUGGUUCCCUCACACUUUGCGGCCUUCCUCGAGAAACAAAAGGGUGUGCCGGACCUUGACUUAUGGAGAUUUAUCUUUUACCUUGAGGAAGUAUUUUCCUCAGUAUCGUCAUUACAAUGGUUUAACAUGUUAAAGAAAUCUCCUUUGUCCCUUGAUCCAUUAUCUCAUAUUCCUAAGUCUGUCUACGAAGCACCAAUGGAUUGGAUCAACAAACUUCCAACUGAUCACUGUAAGUUUGUAACGUGGGCACUUGAUCGACUUCUCACUGAUUUGGCAGCACAUGCCAGAGGUGAAGAACAACCUUUUGCCAAAUCUCAGGUGGCCACAUUGGUUGAAUUAGCCAUGGUGUUGCGUGCUAAACCUGAUUCUUUGAAUCUUUUAUUGUCGAUGCUGAGGGGGAGACCUAUGUAUCAAGGCGAGGACAAGCUUCCGCUUAUAGUUUGGAUGAUGUCUCAGGCCUCCCAAGUUGAUUUACCUCUUGGCUUGUAUUCAUGGGCGUGCAACUUACUGCCACUAGUCGAUAAUAACAACGUCAGCUCUCACUCAAUUGAUCUUAUCCUGCAAUUUGUUGAGAUGAUUUUGUCGAGUCCAGAGGGUCACGCUGUACUUGUAAACGGAGCUGUUAGGGAUGGUGAGAGGCUGAUUCCACCUUGUUCAUUUGAGAUUUUGGUGCGGCUUACAUUCCCUGCUAAAGUAGAGGAGGCAACAAAGAGGUUUGAGGCAGUUUAUCCCUUGUUGAAGGAAGUAGCACUUGCAGCAGAUUCUACUAGUGCAGACUCAAUGAAACAGAUAUUCACUUUUUCCUUGAAAUUAGCUGGACAAAAAGGUAUUAUUGGUAACAAACGAAAACCUUGCUUCCCUCUCUCUCUCUCUCUUGAAUAUUCAAACCUUGUUGUUGUUUCAGGAAAUCCUGCUCUAGCCAGUGAAGCCACAGCAAUCGCCAUCCGUGUUAUGACAGAAAACGUUGAUUGCUUUAUGCAAUGGGAUGUUCUCUACAAGGAGAAUCUUGAAGCUAGCGUUGCUCUUCUUAAAAAGCUUGUAGACGAAUGGAAAGAUCAUUCCCUUCAACUAUCAUCAUCGUCGAGUAAUACUCUCACUGUCAAUCGAACUAUGAAUAGCUUCAGGAGAAAGAACGAAAAAGCCAUCACUGAAGGAGUAGCCAAUCUUUCUCUUUACAAAGAAGCUGACCAGUCGUGCAAACUGAUCUCGAAGAGACUCUCCUUUACAAGUUUCAGCCGCAUAGAUACAUGCAAUACCAUUUCUGAGUUACAAGCCGCAGUAGACAAUGAAGAGAAAGAUGUGGAAGAGAAAUCGUACGGUGUCGUCGGUGCAGCAGAAGAAACUGAAAAUGUGGCGGCGAUGUUGUCUUUGUCCGAAGCUGUCAAAGAGAUCGAUCCCUCACAUUUUGCGGCCUUCCUAGAGAAAGUAAUGGACGAGGAUUGGUAUCAACCAGAGAAGCAGAUGUUGAAAUUAAUGGAUUACUAUGGGAUUAAACUUUCCCAUGUAUCCUCCUUUCAAUGGGCCAAGAUGUACCAGGACUAUCCUUUAUCCAAGCUGAUUGAUGUUCCGAUAUCUCUUAUUCCCAUGUCUCUCUACGAAAAAUCUAUCGAUUUCAUCGACAAACUUCCAUACCAGACACCACCUGCCGUUGUACUCUGGGGGUCUGAACUCAUUCUCACUGAUUGGCCAGAACUUGUCAAAGUUUCACAACUUACUUCUAACAUAUCCACGGUGGCAAUAUUUAUUGCAUUAGCCAUGGUGUUGCGUACUAAACCUGAUGUUUUGACUGAUGUUUUGCCAAAGCUGAGGAAAAGACCUGCAUAUCAAGGCGAGGACAAGCUUCCGGUUUUAAUUUGGAUGAUGGCUCAGGCCUCCCAAGGUGAUUUAUCUGCUGGCUUGUAUUCAUGGGUGCGUAACUUACUGCCACUAGUCGUUAAUAACAACGUCAGCUCUCACUCAAUUGAUCUCAUCCUGCAAUUUGUUGAGAUGAUUUUGUCGAGUCCAGAGGCUCGGGCUGUACUUGUAAACGGAGCUGUCAGGGAUGGUGAGAGGCUGAUUCCACCUUGUUCAUUUGAGAUUUUGGUGAGGCUGACAUUCCCUGCUAUAGUAGAGGAGGCAACAAAGAGGUUUGAGGCAAUUUAUCCCUUGUUGAAGGAAGUAGCCCUUGCACCAGAUUCUAGCGCAAAUGCAGUGAAACAGAUAUUCACUUUUUCCUUGAAACUAGCUGGACAAAAAGGAAAUCCUGCUCUAGCCAGUGAAGCUACAGCAAUCGCCAUACGUGUUCUGACAGAAAAUGUUGAUUGCUUUAUGCAAUGGGAUGUUCUCUACAAGGAGAAUCUUGAAGCUAGCGUUGCUCUUCUUAAAAAGCUUGUAGACGAAUGGAAGGAUCAUUCACUCAAACUAUCAUUAUCGUCGAGUGAUACUCUCACUGUCAAUCGAACUAUGAAUAGCUUCAGGAGAAAGAACGAAAUAGCCAUCACUGAAGGAGAAGCCAAUCUUUCUCUUUACAAAGAAGCUGACCAGUCGUGCAAACUGAUCUCGAAGAGACUUCUCUGUACCUGGGUAGCGCGCACUUAA